CAAACGGGCUCUGGCACCUGCAGCAACCGGGUUCUGACUUGCAACCUCAGCAUAAGGCCUGAUGCGAAGAGGGCUUUCACACACUCCGUCCUUGUUCGCCCUUGAGGAACAGGACUCGAACGAUGGUGAAGAUGUUCAAUGGGACAAGCCAAUCUCAGCAAGAGCACACUCCUCACCCCCAAACAUGCAUUCGUCCAGCACUCCCAACUCUCUGCGAAGCAGAGGCAAGAUAAGACAGAAAAAUGCCCCGGGAUUCGCUUCCUCUACUUCUGUCUCUUCAUAUAGCUACAACUCCCCAUCUAACGCACCGAGGUACUCAGAUGUCUACUCCCAGUUCGUGAAACGUUACAGAUCUGAGCCUGGGCUGGACGGUGACCCACGCAACGACCCGGAUAGCAACUACUUCUACAGAGGCCUGGGUCAACUGGUGGAUGCAGGGGAUAGCGACGAUGAGGACAUCGGGCGUCCGGGGCUCAUGACAGGCGGAGGCGGUUACUCUACAUAUACCCAAGAGUCCGAGCCGGAGGAACCCCGGAAUGCACAAGAGCGGAUGCGCUUGGACUGGCGAUACUGCCUUGCAUCCGUUCUCCGUGGGCACGUGCUUAAAUCUGAGAAAACCCGUAUAGCAGGUGCGCUGGACCCGUCGAAGGAGCAACAGAACAGCCUGCACCUCAGCAUAUGGCUAGGUUUGCGGGCGAAGUUCAACGGCCGCUCGGAAGCCGAUGAGCGAAAGUAUUUGGAAGAGAGGAGAAUGCGCACGGUAGAUCCGGUGUUGGAGGAGAUCAUUAAUUUCAGGCUAGAGGAUGAGGAACGGGAACCAAGCUUGGCGCUCAAGCGAGUCAACGCUUUGCUCCUUCGUCUUGACGCAGCCCAGAGUCUCUACCCUACCUUUAAAUCCUUCUACUCGGAUAAAACUGCUGCUGCUGACCCCAAAUUCCAGGCACGAUGCGAAACUCUUUACACAUGGUCCCACGUCGUUAUGUCCUUGCGACGUCAUAUUACUCUUCUACAGCGCUGGACAGGGAGCGAAUCGCUUGAUGUGGCAAAUCCAUCCAUAGCGACGGACACACAAUCAUCUAGCCCCCCCUGCGUAUAUCCGGGUGGCCUCGCUGUCGAGACGACAUUCGUGGAGAGAGUCUUGAAGGAGGAUUCCCUGCAAAAGACAUUCGAGAAGGGCUUCCUCACUACCGUCCAUGCCUUUAUCACUGCGGCUCGCCAGGAGCAGGUCAGAUUGUCCCCACUGUUUGCUGAGAUGAACCUGCCUACGUUCGAGAGUGAGCUGGUACCCCUCAUCUCAUUCCCAACGAAACUCGCCCAAGCAUGUCUCCGCGUUCGGUUAGGCUAUGUUCAAAAGCUCAAGGAUCCUGAGGUCAUUAUUAUUGAUCAAGUGGCAGAAGACAUGAAAAUCAGCCUGGGACUCGCUUGUACUCUCAAGCGGCAAUACGAAGCUUUUCUCGCGCCAGAUCCAGGAAAGUGGAAUUUGCCACGCUGUAUAAGUGACGAUUACGACACGACGAUCCUCGAGGCUUUAACAAUCUUUUUCAGACUGAUCCAUUGGAAACUGAAGAGUGGUGUCAAGGGUAUUUACUUCAAAGAAACCGAUGUCAUAGAGUCGCAGUGGGCAACGUUCAAUGAUGUGAGCAUGACGGUCGCAGGUGGUUCAUCUCUCGUGGCAGAGCAAGUUUGUUCACUGACCAAUCGGCUGAUGGUUCGGGUAGCAAAUUACUUCGAUACCCAAGUCCGCCUUCCUAUGUCUCAAAGUCACUCGCGGAAAUCACAGGCUGCAAUGCUCCAAGCAGAUGUCAUCAGUAAUGCACAGAUGAGCGAUGAGCAGAAGGUAGCCUGGUACGGGAAAAUCCUCGACAAUGUGAGGUUGAGGUACCGCAAACUACAACGCUUUGCUAGGGCUCAUUCCCAAAAGUUUAGCAAUUCCGCGGAAUACAGCCUCGAAGGCGUUCCAUUGGAGCAAUUUAUAAUGGCUCUGAUAGCUUCUGAUCAUUUUCUGGUUUACACCAGAACGUACGAGGAAGAAGGAACGUACAUCAUUGCAUCGAGCGCGCUACGCGAUCGUGCGGAUGCCAUACGCCGCAUGUUAUUGGAGUCUUUUCAUGUGAAUGAGGGCGCAGACGUAGGUAUGAAUGCGGGUGAUCCGGAGUAUGCCGAAAGCGAUGAGGAUGAAGAAGCGGAGUAUCUUCUGCUGCUGUCUCCGCGGGACGCCUUCAUGUGGCAUGGCCUGGUGCUUGUCCUGGAUCUUCCCAAAAUCGAAUUUGACAUGAAGGAUAACCGCGUGCGAUUAGUUGCGGACGGAACGCAGAGGCGACUUGCUAUAGCAAAGGAGCAGUUUGCCGACAUCUUCCUUCCCGUCGAUGACGACGACGACGAAUCAGCUGAAUACGCACUGCCUCCCCUCCACUGCAUAUUUGAGCAACAAGCACAUAUCCCUGCUGUCAAUCGAGAACUCCGCAAGAUUGCUCGGGCCACGAACAAGCUGGCUGAAUCUAUCGUCGAUUCAGUGCAUCAUGUCCGCAACUCGUUGCGUACCACUGCCGAGUAUCAGGAAUUGCUAGAGAACUGGUACUCGUUCGCCUCAGAACACGGGCAACACGCACAAGAGUACAUGGAACGUACAGUUUUAAGCAAGUUUAAUCGCUCCCUGAUCCGUCUCGCCAUCUCUUGGGUGUCGUUCGUUUGCGAUGAUUGCGACGUAUCCGAUCGCAAAACUUUUAGAUGGGCCAUACAUGCUCUCGAGUUUACUCUCCGUCAGACUCGCCGCAACAUAUUCCAAAUGCCCCACGAUCAAUUCAGGAUGCUUCAGCGGAAAGUUGCUCGGUGUAUGGAAUUGUUCAUGCACCACUUCGACGUCUUGGGUGCUCGUUCAAAAGUACGCGAGGAGAAGCAGAGACAAGAGGAGCUACGUCGCAGACGACUCCCGUCGCUUGAUGGAGCGGACCACACUCUUCGAUCUCAAUCGCCGAUCAGUGAUGACCACCUCUUGGGCGUAAACGGACACGCGUAUACAGAUACAGGUGUGCGUCUUUAUUGGGACAGGAUCUCUAGAGCCCUUUCUGCGUUGGAGGACGAACGAGCGAAGAGAAACUGCGACAACCGGAUCGCCGGUCGCGUACUCGACGACGAAAAACUGGAGGACCGCUCCCUUCUUUUCCUUGCAUCAUCCAGCUCGAAUAUAUCGAUCCGUUGGCAGCAACGGAGAUUUAUUGGUGCUGGUGCUUUUGGUUCAGUCUAUCUGGCUGUCAACCUCGACUCAGGCUCGCUCAUGGCUGUUAAGGAAAUUAAGUUUCAGGAACUCACUGGACUACCGAACUUGUACUCCCAGAUACGAGACGAACUCAGCAUCAUGGAGGUGCUCCACCAUCCUAAUGUUGUGGAAUAUUAUGGCAUUGAAGUCCACCGGGAUAAGGUGUACAUAUUCGAAGAGUAUUGUCAGGGUGGUAGCCUAGCGGCUCUCUUGGAACAUGGCCGCAUUGAGGACGAGUGCAUCAUACAAUUGUAUACCAUGCAGAUGCUCGAAGGUUUGGCGUAUUUGCAUUCGAAGGGGAUUGUGCAUCGUGAUAUUAAGCCCGACAACAUUCUGUUGGACCAUCGAGGCGUGAUCAAAUAUGCUGACUUCGGAGCAUCCAAGAUUCUCGCUAAGAAUCGCACUUUACAGCGUUCACGGCGCGGGGACGCGGGGAAUGUGAAGGCAGGCGCCCUUGGCGGUAAUCUAGGAUUUAACAGUCUAACGGGAACGCCAAUGUAUAUGUCGCCGGAGGUUAUCAAGAACGAUAAACGGGGAAGGCAUGGUGCUAUGGAUAUAUGGUCGCUUGGCUGCGUAGUGCUUGAAUUUGCGACAGGGAAGAAGCCAUGGAAUAAUCUUGACAACGAAUGGGCCAUCAUGUUCCAUAUUGGUGUUGCAAGACAACACCCACCUCUUCCGGAACCCGGACAACUGAGUGACCUGGGGAUUGACUUUAUCAAGCAAUGCCUCAUUCUCGAUGCGAUGGCGAGGCCGACGGCGGUUGAGCUUCUGGACCAUCCCUGGAUGCUCCAAUUUGGCGAAUCUUUUCUUGAUUAUGGCGAAUCUCAGUUGUCAGGGAGUCCCCCUAUGGAAACACCUCCGGAGCAAAAUUUUGAGUCGGCAUUGGUGGCGAGGCAAGCAGCCAUCAUUGGGGAAAAGGAGGUUGAAACUAUACGGUUGCCUUCUCCAACGUUGUCAUCGUCGAGCGUUCUUACCCCCGAGUAACUCCAGUCACUUGUAUUCUUCGCUGUUUAGUUGCUUUGCCUGUAGUUGUCGCUGUCAUCCAACAUAGCUGUGCCAUGCUGUCAACGCGGUUUGAGUUUGGGCGAAUAGCGGCAUCUCGAAGUACCACACUUC